CAGGCGCUGAUUGGUUUAGCCGUCUGGCCGCAUCACAGCCUGGCAGAGACCUGAGACAGAAACAUGUGACCCGGAAACUGAGUUAGACAGCAAGAGACAGUGUUGGAGGGACAGAGACACACAGGGAAUUCUGCCUGCAAAUAGACUGACUGGGGUUAUCUGGGUGAGUGCUGCUGCCUGUAAAGAGACAGCCUGGUACAGAGAGUGACUGCUGAGGACUGACAGCCUACCAGAAAUCAUUACCCCCUACAGACGACCUGGAACACACAUUCAGCAAGGAGGAAUCUAACCCAGGGGUCUCUCCUCUCAUGCAGGAGCUGCAAGAGCCACUCACAGGUAAAGUGGCAGCCUGACUGGCUGAUAGACAGUGAUCUCCACUGUGAGACUGACUGGCCAUGGGGCAGACAUUGGCUGACACAGCCAGAAAGAUGUAGAGACUGUGUGUGAGAAACUGCAGUGACACUUUACUAUUCCACACCAGCAUGCUACAAAUGACUGCCUCCUGAUAGCAUCCCAGGUCAUGCUGACCUACAUCGCACACUGAGACCACUGCAAGACCCCCGGCUGCAGCAUGUCAGAGGAGAGACCACUCCAACUGCAAGGCAACUGCUAGUCUGUAUUAUGUUUUCAGAAAAGUGACAAAUCUGGGAUUAUUUCAUUCAACAAACUCUGGCUGAGGUGUCCAGGCAAAGAGAAGACAACACAAGUAACUAAAACUAAUUUUCAGGAUUUCCCAUUAACUAUACUUUAAAGAGAAACGAGUGUACUUGCCUUAAGAGGAGCGGUGUUAAGUUUGCAUGCUAUUAAGAAUGCAUGUACACCAGUGACUGCACUGGCCAUAGAGAAGUCUUGUUACUGCACAAAUCAGAGUAAGACCUCUUCAGCUUUGGUACCAGGUUGCGGCCUAUGUACAGAUGAAGCAUUUGGGCAUCUGAUGUCUUACAGGCUUCUUGUGGUUCGGCAAUUAAAGAUGGCUACAGUGGCUGGAUAGAGUGUUUGCUACUAUGGAGAUGCCUGCAGUCUUGGAAAGCACAAAUCUGCCCUCUGAGGGGUCACCAAAAGAGGAUGAGCGUGCAGAAAAUGAGGACAGUGGUGACUCCUGCUCAGGGGAAGGGUCAGGUAAUGGACAAUGUUCAAAUCAAAACACUAAAGUGGAAAAUGGCUCAGAUGACCCUUUUGAGGUAUCCACUCACAGCGUAGUGACGAAUAAUGUGGAAACUACAGAUAAUGUUUUUCUAGAGGACACAGAGGCGGAACUGAGUGUGGACGAUAAGUCUGAAGCCCCUUGCACUCUGGGCGAUGGCCAGGAACUGACCAAGGAGAUGUCUUCCGUUGUCUCAUUACCAGUAAAGCAGGAAUUACAGGCCUUGCCUCAUAGGACCCAACAAGCUUCUUCCAAUCCAGAUAUUACAGAAGAAGCAAAGUGUGAUGGGGUGGAAAUUAAAUUGCCCACUGAAGGAAUGGACCAAGGGAAUGCUGGGAAAGAGGCCAAAGAGGGAGGGGCUCCAGAGGAGGAUAAUGGACGCAGUAAACAGGGGCCUAAAAGGGUCACGUUCCCGUGUGAUGAUGACAUUGUUUCAGGUGCCCUAGAACCCAAAGACCCAUGGAGGCAUGCUCAAAAUGUCACCGUGGAGGAUAUCAUCCUGUCCUACACACAGGCCUGCCAGAAACUCAACUGCAAACAGAUUCCAAAACUUAUCAGACAGUUGCAGGAACUGACUGAUCUUUCAGGGAGAGUGGAGAACCUGGAUCUCAAAGGAGAGAGAUUGGACCACAAAGCAUGUGAAGCUCUAGAGGAAAUCUUCAAACGGGUGCAGUUUAAAAUGGUUGAUCUGGAACAGACCAACCUAGAUGAGGAUGGAGCCUCAGCUCUUUUUGACAUGAUCGAGUAUUAUGAGUCCGCAACACAUCUUAACAUCUCCUUCAACAAGCACAUUGGCACUCGAGGUUGGCAGGCUGCUGCUCAUAUGAUGCGUAAGACAAACUGCCUGCAGUACUUGGAUGCCCGCAAUACCCCUUUGCUGGACCACUCUGCUCCAUUUGUGGCCCGAGCACUUCGUAUUAGCAGCAGCUUAACCGUCCUCCACCUUGAGAACACCAGCAUCUCUGGGAGACCUCUGAUGUUGCUGGCCACAGCGCUGAAGAUGAACAUAGUGUUACGGGAGCUGUACCUCGCUGACAACCGUCUCAACAGCCUGCAGGACUCUGCUCAGCUGGGAAAUGUAUUAAAGUUCAACAGCUGCAUACAGAUCCUGGACUUACGGAACAACCACAUUAUGGAUUCUGGCCUAGCUUACAUCUGUGAGGGGCUGAAGGAGCAGCGCCACGGAUUGGUCACGUUGGUUCUCUGGAACAACCAGUUGACUCAUGCUGGCAUGGUGUAUAUGAGUAUGUGCUUGCCUCACACUCAGAAUUUAGAAACUUUGAACCUUGGUCACAAUGCUAUUGGCAACGAAGGUGUCCGCCAUCUCAAGAAUGGCCUAAUUGGAAAUCGUAGUGUCCUGCGCCUUGGCUUGGCAUCUGCCAAACUUACCUGUGAAGGUGCAGUGGCUGUAGCGGAAUUUGUGGCUGAAUCCCCUCGGUUACUUCGCCUUGACUUAAGGGAGAAUGAAAUUAAGACUGGGGGGUUGAUGGCCCUCUCAUUGGCUCUUCGUGUCAACCAAUCCCUACUCAGGCUGGAUUUGGACAGAGAACCAAAGAAAGAGGCGGUUAAGAGCUUUAUUGAAACGCAAAAGGCAUUGUUAACAGAGAUUCAGAAUGGUUGCCGGAGAAACUUUGUUUUAGCCAAAGAGAAGGAAGAACGUCUCCAGCAGUCAACUUCAAUGGCAGAGAUUGCCAGUACUGCCGAAGAAGAGGAAACGAAUACGGCACCUGAGGAGAUUAUCCCCCCCUGUGAAGAUUCCAGCACUGCCACUGAGGAUAGCAUACCUCCUUCAUCUGAAAAAGAUGAAGAAGAGACUACUCCUGCUCCAGAACCACAGGGGCAGGAGUCGGACUCUGAUACAGAGGAUGAAGUGGAGGAGGAGCAGCAAACCGUAGCAAAGCCAGUAGAAAGCCCUGUUCAGAGUGCUCCAGCUCCGGUGGCAGCUCCGGUGGCGGUGUCAAGCCCUGGUAGAGGCCACAAGGUCUUCUUAGUCACUCGCGUGGAGAAUCCAAGUACAGUGGAAGGAGGAAAAGGAGCCCAGGAGGUUAAAGCAUCCUCAUUGGCAGCAGAGGCUUUGCCAGGGGGUCCUGCCUUAGUCAAUGGACUUGAGGAGGAGUUUGAAAGGGCCGCAACAUUCUGUGAUAACAAGGAUUCUCAUGGCACAUAUAGUGAUACAGAGUUGGAGGAUUUACUAAGAGAUGCCUCCACAGAACCAGACCCAACUCUGAACAUGAUAACACUAUAAGGAUUGAUACUUCCAGGCCUUUGGGUUCUGACUUCUGCAUACCCUGAAUCCGCUUUACACCCCCAUUGAUCUCGCCUUAAGAAAUGGGGUCCGGUAGGAUCACAUUACACGGGUUCACCUUUUGAGGACGUUCAACUGAUCUUAAAUUUGCUUCCCCAUAUGAUGGCAAUAAGGGCAGCCACCGUUCCUGCAGGUAAUGGAAUUUGCACAGUGUAAACCUAAAGCUCACUAAGUUCAUGCUGGGACUCCCCAGAUGAAGGUUUUUCAGAAAGAAGAUGCAACUUUACAGUUUCCUGGAGAAUUGAUGUUCUUCACUUACACUGGACUGUUACUGUUUUGGUGGGGUUUUUCCCCGACGAGGGCUGUUAUGGACAUAUAAACUGACCCACAUGAUUCUUCACACUCUGUGGAACCUCCAGUAACCUACAGUGUAAAACACAAAUGGGUCACCUUAUUUAGAUCCAGCUGAUUGUGUUACACCUCUGGAUACAGAAUUCACUACACUACUCACCUGAAGAUUGUGCCGUGUGGCAUUGAAACGAUCUGACUCUAUUUCUCCUCAAAACUCUCUUCAUUCUGUAAGGCCCGGACAUUAUAGGGUUAUAUAUGGGUUUAUGCAUAUGGAGGUAGCAAAUUCUCAUCUUCACAGCAUUAUUUUGAACGACUGGCCCUCCUACUUCAAGCCAUGCAAUGGUAUUGGCCUCUGUAGGUGUCUACCUGUUCCAAUAUCUGUUUAACCCAUUUGAGGCUUCUAGAUUUUCUAGACUGGUCAGUUGGUUUAUUUACUUACCAGAGCAUGUUCCUCUUGACACUCUCCUCUGAUAAGGACCAUAUUUCCUGAGUCCUAAUGACCUCAACCCCACCUAGAAUGUUUCUGUCACUUCUUGUUUAUCACAUUUACUGUUAUCAUUUGAGAUGUAAUAAAUAGCAAUCCUGUUCACCGGAAAGAUCUAGUAGUUAGAAAAUUUCAUAGAGCUACAAGUACUAUAAGGGGCUUUUGGUGGUACUUGGCAUUUUAUGGUGACCCUGUGAUUUUUGCCCACACACUUCCCUACAUCAGGUAUUUUCAGGACCAUGGACAGGCUUAUAAAGGAAUUAUGACCCGUCGCCUACACACCUGGGUUCUUGUGAUUUUCAAACAGAACAUCAAGUGAGUAUGGUGUAGGCCUAGUCAACCUGGUGCUGGUCAGCAGCUGCUGAGCAAGUUACACAGCAACCAGAGGUCUUAAAGUUUCCCAAGUCUGUUAUAGAGGAAGUCAUGAGUGGGAGGACGGACAUGUUGAAUUUGUAGAUUUAUAGUUCUACAUAUCAAAUUUCCUUUCUUGUUGACUCUCAUAGAUGUCUUCAAUGAUAAUUUGCGAUAUGCAUUUUCUAGCCAUUCUUAGGACUAUAUUAAGUAUGCCUAAUUAAUUAGUUAUAGUUCUUGAUAGCCACAAACAGAUCAUAUUUUAAAGCUUGGAUUCCAAAUGACCCAAUUAUCAUUUUUGUUACCACCGCAGUUAAGUAAGGAGAUUUAAUGGUAAACAUUUAUCAAAACUAGUGCACAGACAUCUGUCAAAAAAAUAAAAAUAAAGGAAAGCUAUAUAGCAUAGCAACCAGUCAGUCUGAAAUGUGUAUAGUGUAAUUUACGAAAUGAGAGCAAUAGUCUUAUUGGUUGCUAUGUGUUAUACCUAUUUCCAGUUACAUUAGUUCCAGAUGUUAUAAAGUUCCCACGUAUUGUCCCCUUGGCAGUCAUAAUAAACUGGUGUUGGAAUGGGAUCAUUUUGCACUUUAUUUGUGCUACCAGUACAUCAUGUGAGCUUAGGGACACAAUUACUCUUAUCUCUGUAGUGCAGGACACAACAAGAUAACUCCUUCUGUGCAGUGGGAAGAGCCAUGUUGUUUUUGGCCGUAGUAUGGAACUGCACUUUGGUUCCAGAUAGCCUGUGCUGUACAUGUUAGAGGUGUGAUGUCAGAGGCACUACACAUAUAUGUUGGGUUUUCUUUCUUACAUAUAAUGUUGUGUGGGAACGAAGAGGCUGAGAUUCUGGUUCCAUUUUUACCCCUCGUGCUACUUUUUUUUUUUUUUUUUGCUAUCCACAGACGCAGGUCUUUUGAGAAGGUGACAGUCCGUCACCGCAAGACCCUAACUGCAGUAUGAGAAAAGAUUCACAAUGAAAUGCAUCUCUCUUCUAAAUAAACUGCAAGGGAGUGAGAAACAAACAUUUAAAGUGUAUUUGUUACUUAUACCAAAUGGAGACAGCCAUUUUGCUGGCUGAGCCAGCACUCUUGGGCAAACAGCUUGUCAUUUCACAUUGUAUGGUCAGGAAUGUUGGCCAGAGAAUGCCUCCAUGGGUGGGAGUGACGUAUGUACUUUAAGAUGCCGACAUGUUUACAGAAAUCAUUUUUAUUUGUAAUUUAUUGUACAAAUCCAUAUUUAUAUAAGUCUGUGUGUAUGGAUAUAUUAGAAAAGAGCACACAGAUUCAUCUAUUUUAACCCUUCCCUUUUAUUGACUAAGAAAUGGCUGCCCUCCAUUCAUUUGUCUACAUAUUAUAAACUGCAGUUAAAAUCGGCCUCAACGGUAUUAUAUGGGGAAAAGCAAACCUGACAAAUGUGCAAUACAAUUCCCUGUAACUGUGCCCCACACUACAAUGCUUUGCCUACACUUCUCCUCAACUGUAUGGUCACCCCUUAUAUACAUCCUACAAAUAUGUGCUGUGUUUUAAAAGGGUUUUCUUCCUAUUGUCAAAUAAAAUGAUUUCUUAUGUC